UAUAAUGUUUGUUAUACUACUGAACCUUAACCAUUUUACACUAACAUAAACAUGACACAGUUGAUCUUAUUCUGCAUAGAACGGUAUGUAAAUAAUAGUUGUCAAUUUAUAAAACAUUUGUUAUUGAUUAACGAUUGUAACAUUGUAUGAAUAUUUUUGCUUUUAUAUUUAGAAUAACUAAAAAAUAUUUAAAGUACAUGAUGAGGACUGAUGAUAUAAAAAAUUGAGAUUUAAUGAUAUUUACUAAGAUUACUACUAUAUUUACUAGUUAAUUACAUAUUGGGAAACCAUGUCAGCCCGAGAAGAAAUAUUUGAUAAAAUUGGAAAAUUUAGAACCAGUGUUAUUUCAGCAUUAACAGAAAUUGCUGAACUCGAUGUAACUUGUAAAUCAAUUAUUGAGCAACAUCUUAACGAUUCGAACUCCUUGAAUUCUAAAUCUAUUCUAAAAAUACAGGCAGUUAUUGAUUAUAUGUAUGAACAAGUAAAUAUCGGUAAUUGGAAAGAAGUGAGGUUAUAUUUGAGAAAGACCUUAACCGUUGCGACUUACCUGCGUCUAAAAGCUCAUUUAAAAUUUAAUGAAAUUUUGUCAGACGAUAUCAUAAAGGAAGCUCUUAGAAUAAUUGAUUUUGGAAUAUUGUUUGGUUGCCCUCUUGAUGCUGAACCAAAUUUGUUACAACUGUGUGCUUCAUGUCUUCACUCCUUCGUAAAACAUGAUGUCCAACAUGGUGUAGACACAAAAGUCGUCCUCAAGAGUGAAUCUCAAUCUAAAAGUAGUCCAUAUAAUUGCAAAGUAUUGGACAUAUUAGAUUGCCCGAGCAUGGAACAUUUUUUUAGAAAUUACAUUCUUGCUGAAAAGCCUGUAGUUUUGGACAAUUGUCUGAGUCACUGGCCAGCGCUUACAAAAUGGCAAGAUCAGAGCUAUUUUAUUAAAUUGGCUGGAUUACGAACAGUAUCAAUUGAGCUAGGAAAAGAUUAUACAGAUUCCAAUUGGACUCAGAAACUUAUGACGCUAGAGGAUUUCAUAAAAAAUCACAUUUAUAAUGAAAAUGGUACUACUGGAUAUCUUGCUCAAUAUCAACUCUUUGACCAAAUUCCUGAGCUAAGGAAAGAUAUAAUAGAACCGGAAUAUUGUUGUUUCUCUGAAACUAAUGAUCCUGUCGAUGUAAUGGCAUGGUAUGGUCCCAAAGGAACUGUGUCGCCUCUCCACCAUGACCCAAAGAAAAAUCUAUUGGCACAAGUUGUUGGAGAAAAACUAGUAUUUAUAUUCUCACCACAGGACUCUGAAUUUUUAUAUCCUCAUGAACAUGAGUUAUUAAAUAAUACAGCCAGAAUUGAUCCAAGAACACCUAACUUUGAAAAGUUCCCUAAGUAUAAAGAUGCUAAUGGGUACUACUGUAUGCUCAAAGCUGGUCAGAUGCUAUAUAUACCACCAAAGUGGUGGCAUUUUGUUGAGUCACAAUCAGUAAGUUUUUCAGUUAGUUUCUGGUGGGAAUAGAAAUAGAAUGUCUCUGAAUGAAAGUAGUUUUAUAAAUAUAUAUUUUUGUUUGUGAUAAUUUAUGUUUUAAAAUUAAGUUGAAAAUAGAUAUAUUUUUUUGUGAUAAUUAAAGUUAUAUAGAGUAAUAUAAACUUGCUAUAAUAUGUAAGAAAAGAUAGCCUUUUUUUUAAUAAACUAGUUCCAUUAAAUUUUUGUGAAAGUUUUGUAAUUAAGAUUAUAUUAAGAAUGUAUAGUAGAAUAGACUUCAAAGAGUAUUUUAACUUAUUUAGAAUAAUAUUAACAAAUAUAUGUACAGCAGAACCUCGAUUAUCCAAACUAAUUGGGUCCUAGACUAUUUUGGAUAAUCAAAAGUUCGAAUAAUCUAAAUGUGGGUAGUACUUUGGGACAAGAUCAUUAAAAUUUGACAUACAUAAUA